CCUUCUUUCUCAACAGAACUCAGAAGUAAUGGUAUUGACAUUGUUUCCUAUUUAGAUGCUUAAAGAAUUGUUGGAAAAUUCCAUGAAUAAAACAUCCAAGUGUACAGAACCAUACUUUGCUGGAAGGAAACACUGUUGGAAGUGCAUUGAAUCGCAGCGGAGCAGGAGCAAAGCGGUCCUUUAAGCGACAAUCGAUAAAUGGGAUUUUAAUGUGUUUACCUUAGAUGAAGCUAGCGAAGGACACAGCUUGAAAUAUAUAAUGUGCGAAAUGUUCACCAAAUAUGAACUUCUGACUCAUUUCCAGGUACCUAUUACCGUUCUACUUUCCUUUGCAAAAGCUCUGGAAGCUGGUUACAACAAAUACAAAAACCCAUAUCACAAUUCACUCCAUGCUGCGGAUGUUACUCAAACUGUGCAUGCCAUUAUGCUUCAUACUGGAAUGAUGCAUUGGUUCACUGACCUGGAGAUCUUAGCAAUUAUUGUCAGCACAUCCAUCCAUGAUUAUGAACAUACUGGGACCACAAACCAUUUCCAUAUAGAGACAAUGUCAAAAACUGCUCUUUUGUAUAAUGAUAGAUCAGUUCUUGAAAACCAUCACCUGAGUGCUGCUUUCCGUCUUCUACAAGACAGAGAUACAAAUAUCUUAGCCAACUUAACCAAAGACCAGUGGAGGGAAGUGCGUCGCAUGGUUAUUAAUAUAGUUUUAUCUACAGAUAUGUCACAUCAUUUCCAGCAGAUGAAAAUCAUGAAACAUAUUCUGCAAUCUCUCCAGCAAGUUGAAAGGACACACAGAGAUAAAAUCAUGUCUUUUUUGGUGCAUGUAGCUGACAUCAGCCAUCCAGCAAAGCCUUGGGAACUGCACCAUCAAUGGGCAGAAGCAUUAUUGGAAGAAUUCUUUAAACAGGGAGACAAAGAGGCUGAAAUGGGACUUCCAAUUUCUUCGCUUUGUGAUCGUGAGACAACCAAUAUUGCUGAAUCCCAGAUAGGUUUUAUUGAUGUCAUAGUAAAACCAACGUUUGCUCUUCUACUUGAAACUGUGGAGAAAACAGCCUUUCCUAUUACACAAGAAGCUGAUAAAUCUCAGCAUGGAAAAAAUUGCAAAGAACAAUCCAUGGGGAAUAAGGAAGUAAAUUCUUGUGGGAACAGCCUCACUAAAGAUGAUGGGAUUUGCGCAGAAAAACAGAAUUUAAUUGCCUUAAACCUAUCAAACUUUCGGGACCAAAUUCUGCAGAAUAUUGAAGAAAAUAGAAGCAAAUGGAAGGGCAGCAAGGAGGCUAUUAAUGAAGAAGAACUACUAGAUAAGGAAGGUAACAAGGCUAAAAAACAAGUCACAGUUAAACCUAAAGCACAGAAGGGAAAACCCCAGAAAACAACAAAGGAAAACCCCCAACCUUCCAACCCCAACCCCAAAAACUUUUGUACUGCAGCACAAAGUCCCACACCUUGCCGUUGUCAACUUUGUGUCAGCAAAGCAUUUGAACCAAUGGACGUCAGCUUCAUAGUUUACAAUGCAAACUCAUCAGAAUUAUCGCAACCACCAGAGGAUGCUGAUGUCAUGGAUGUCACAGAAUCAUAUGAGGAACUGAUAGAUGAAAAAAGUUCUUGGAGGAAAGCUGCAGGCCAGAACAUAGAUGCAAGCAUACAAGAGAUGAGAAACAUGGUUCCCAAAACAAAGACUCUGCAUCCCGAUGAAAGUGAUGAUGUCAUCAUUGAGGAAUUUAUACCUCAUGAUCCAGAGCCCCAGAAAACGAGUGAACCACCUGCUACCGUUACUCCAAUGGAUUUCCAGCAACCACCUAAUCUUGGAUUUUUAAGGACAAAUUUAACUAAAAGUGACCUGGAAAUUUUUUCACUAUGGAAUGAAGAAGUUAUGAGACGUGCAUCUGAGCAGCAGAAAAAAACCUUCAACCAAACAACUGGCACAACCCCACAAGUGGCAGCGCAAACCGAGCAAAAUGGACCCUGUGAAGGAAGUGGAGGGGCUCCUGCUCAGCGUCCUGAAACCUUUAUCUUGCAAGUCAUCUCCCUUGACUGUCCUUCUGCAACGUGCCCAGCGGACACGGGAGCAGACUGUGACCCAUGUCAGCAGAAAGAUGCCAACAGUCUAGUCCCCAUGAGCGCUACUCUAACAACAUCAAAUAUGGCUCAAGGAAAUGAAGCCGACCCGUGUGGAGCUGCAGCUGUGUCCAUCACAUCCUUGAGCUAUGGGGUCUUUAAAAUCCCCCAGUAAGUCUUCCCUUGCAGUCGGAUUGCUCUGUCUUCAAGCAGAAUAGGCACUGAUAUCACAUACAAGGCCAGUUGGCCCAAAUAAAUAGAUCUUUUGCCCACUGA